AGUGACCGUCCCGCGCGCAGACUGAAAAGGUGUUUCAUUUCCAUAUUGAUGACCAUGCAGCCUGCAAUUCAAGUAUGGUUUGGAGAAGACCUGCCUCUAAGUCCACGAAGUCCUCUGACACCCAGGCACGGACCAGGUUUGGCCGAUGUCUGUCAGUAUGAUGAGUGGAUAGCUGUGAGGCAUGAGGCUACUCUGUUGCCCAUGCAGGAAGAUCUCUCAAUCUGGCUGUCUGGCUUAUUAGGUAUUGAAGUUAAGGCAGAAAGGUUACUGGAGGAACUUGACAAUGGAGCACUAUUAUGCCAAUUGAUUGAUGUUCUUCAAAACAUGGUGAGAGCAGGCAAUGCUGAAGAGCCAAGGAAUUUUCCAAUGAGAAAAGUACCCUGUAAGAAAGAUGCUGCCUCAGGUUCAUUCUUUGCUAGAGAUAAUACUGCAAACUUCCUUCAUUGGUGUAGGCAUCUGGGUGUUGAUGAGACCUACCUCUUUGAAUCUGAAGGUUUAGUUUUGCACAAAGAUCCAAGACAGGUGUAUCUUUGUCUUCUUGAAAUCGGCCGAAUUGUGUCAAGAUACGGAGUUGAGCCACCAGUAUUAGUAAAGCUCGAGAAAGAAAUAGAGCUGGAAGAGACUUUACUUAAUACUUCUGGGCUUGACGAUUCCAUCAGUAUUCCAAAAUCCUGUUGUCAGCAUGAGGAGUUGGAUGAAGCCGUUAAACAUAUUGCUGAAGACCCUCCUUGUAGUUGUUCUCAUCGAUUUUCUAUUGAGUACUUAUCUGAAGGACGGUACCGACUAGGGGAUAAAAUACUCUUCAUACGAAUGCUCCAUGGAAAGCACGUCAUGGUCCGUGUUGGUGGAGGCUGGGAUACUCUUCAAGGAUUUUUGCUUAAAUAUGACCCCUGCCGAAUUUUACAGUUUGCCACACUGGAACAGAAGAUUCUAGCAUUUCAGAAAGGUGUUUCUAAUGAAAGUGUUCCUGAUACAUCUGGCAGAACACCUCAGCCUCCUGAAAUGAAUCCUUUGUCAGCAGUUAACAUGUUUCAGAAACAAAAAUUAAGACCUGGCACACCGGUUAGCACUGCGAGGAGUAAAGAAAAGCAGGACCAUCCUCCAGAUGCAUUACCUUCCUCUUCCUUGAAAGGGGCUCAUCCGAGCUCCCCGGCAGUGCGUUCUAAAUUGCCAAAUUCUCCAGCAGCAGCAUCGCAUCUCCAACUUAAAUCUUCAAAAGGCAUAACCAAGACACCACACGCGCCUUCAAACAAUGCCCCUUUAAAUCCAGUAGGAAAAAGCACAUCUUCACCAGCUUUACCGAGACCUGCCCCUUGUGUAUCUGAGUCCUUGAGAAAAUGUAUCUCCUCACCCCAUACUCCUAAAGCCAAACUUAUUCCAACCCAGAAUUCAAGAGCUUUGCCCAAGCCUGGACUGUCAGCAAGCAAAUGUCCCGGGAAAACGGAACCAAAGCUUUUGAAGCACAAUCAUGUUUCUUCCAGGGAGACUGCAGGAUCUCACUCCACUGCACAUUUAAAUUCAUCGCCACAGUGUCCAAAGCUUCCUAAAGGAAACAUACAUGUGAGACCUAAACCAUCUGCUUCUUUCCAGUCUCCUGCAAAAAUCACAAAAUCCAGCUCCAAAGCCAUGGCCACGGGUCUCCAAGCUCCAUCUCAGCCCACCGACGGAGCCCUGCAGGCAGGGGUGGCACCAGCACAGACGCUUAAGUCGGUCUCGAAUUUAAGCAAGCCCCUCCCUGGACCAUCGGUUUCUUCAGCAAAGGCUGCACAGGGAUCAAGGGAGAAGGGUACGGUGUCAGUGGUCAAAAAGAAGCCCCAGACUAAAAGCUCCGUCCCCAAGACAGGAGCCGGCUCCUCCCGGUCACCCGGCCGCACUCCACUGUCCGUUGUGAGUCUUCCUCAGUCUUCUGCCAAGACCCCACCUGUGCAGAGGCCCACGGCACAGACUGCGGCCAAGGGCCCGCGCUCAGCUCACGGGCCUCCACACAGGGCCAGAGCCCCUGCUGCAACCAGGAAACCGCCUUCCCCAGGGCCGGAAGCAGGGGUUGACAAAAAGGCUACGGCAAAGAAAAAGGAUGAUGAUGACCAUUAUUUUGUUAUGACUGGAAGUAAGAAACCCAGGAAAUAAGUGUAAAUGUUUCAUUUUAAGAACAUGGAGGCAAGGAAGAGUGAAUGUGUUAGCUCCUAAUUCUCCCCUUUGUGUUUUUAUAAAGAUAGAUGCUGCAGUUAAGUACUGUCAGAUGGGGUGGGAAUUAGAGUGAGGAGAGGGCUUUUCAGAAUUU